AUGGAAGAACUGAAAGAGGAAGAUAAGAGGAAGAUAAUGGAAAAACUGAAAGAGGAAGAUAAGAGGAAGAUAAUGGAAGAACUGAAAGACGAAGAUAAGAGGAAGAUAAUGGAUAAACUGAAAGAGGAAGAUAAGAAGAAGAUAAUGGAAGAACUGAAAGAGGAAGAUAAGAAGAAGAUAAUGGAAGAACUGAAAGACGAAGAUAAGAGGAAGAUAAUGGAAGAACUGAAAGACGAAGAUAAGAGGAAGAUAAUGGAAGAACUGAAAGAGGAAGAUAAGAAGAAGAUAAUGGAAGAACUGAAAGAGGAAGAUAAGAAGAAGAUAAUGGAAGAACUGAAAGACGAAGAUAAGAGGAAGAUAAUGGAAGAACUGAAAGAGGAAGAUAAGAGGAAGAUAAUGGAAGAACUGAAAGAGGAAGAUAAGAGGAAGAUAAUGGAAGAACUGAAAGAGGAAGAUAAGAGGAAGAUAAUGGAAAAACUGAAAGAGGAAGAUAAGAGGAAGAUAAUGGAAGAACUGAAAGAGGAAGAUAAGAGGAAGAUAAUGGAAGAACUGAAAGAGGAAAUUAAGAGGAAGAUAAUGGAAGAACUGAAAGAGGAAAUUAAGAGGAAGAUAAUGGAAGAACUGAAAGAGGAAGAUAAGAGGAAGAUAAUGGAAGAACUGAAAGAGGAAGAUAAGAGGAAGAUAAUGGAAGAACUGAAAGAGGAAGAUAAGAAGAAGAUAAUGGAAGAACUGAAAGAGGAAGAUAAGAAGAAGAUAAUGGAAGAACUGAAAGAGGAAGAUAAGAGGAAGAUAAUGGAAGAACUGAAAGAGGAAGAUAAGAGGAAGAUAAUGGAAGAACUGAAAGAGGAAGAAAAAUUCAUUUGUUCGAUCCACUAA